GCGGGGUCUAGUGGGAGGAGCAGUUGCCCAGCGGCCGCUUGGAGUUUCCUGUUUCCGGUUCCAGGAGUGGGACACAGCGAGGCGCCUAGGGGAACGCUGGCCUCUGACACAAGUUCUGGGACCGGGGUCCGCGGCUGGCCCCUCGCUGGCCUCGUUUCCCAACCCCAGACAGGAAUUCACCGGGACAUUCUGAGCGGUGGCUACUCCCUUUGCCCGUGGCACGAUGCUCCCCUUCCACGGCUGCUGGAGGACCGGACUGCUGUUGCUGUUACUCCAGGCUGUGGCAGUGAAAGAGUCCUGGCAGACAGAAGAAAAAACCUGCGACCUGGUAGGAGAAAAGGGCAAAGAGUCAGAGAGGGAGUUGGCUGUACUGAAGAGGCUGAAACCACUUUUUAACAAAAGCUUUGAGAGCACUGUGGGCCAGGGCCCAGACACGUACAUCUACAUGUUCAGGGUGUGCCGGGAAGCUAGUAACCACACGUCUGGAGCAGGCUUGGUGCAGAUCAACAAAAGUAACGGGAAGGAGACAGUGGUAGGGAGACUCAAUGAGACUCACAUCUUCAAUGGAAGUAAUUGGAUCAUGCUGAUCUAUAAAGGAGGUGAUGAGUAUGACAACCACUGUGGCAAGGAGCAGCGUCGUGCGGUGGUGAUGAUCUCUUGCAAUCGACACACCCUAGCGGACAACUUUAACCCUGUAUCUGAGGAGCGAGGCAAAGUCCAAGAUUGUUUCUACCUCUUUGAGAUGGAUAGCAGCCUGGCCUGUUCCCCAGAAGUCUCCCACCUCAGUGUGGGUUCUAUCUUACUUGUCACGUUUGCAUCACUGGUGGCUGUUUAUAUCAUUGGGGGAUUUUUAUACCAGCGACUGGUGGUGGGAGCCAAGGGAAUGGAGCAAUUUCCGCACUUAGCCUUCUGGCAGGAUCUUGGCAACCUAGUAGCUGAUGGUUGCGACUUCGUGUGCCGUUCCAAACCCAGAAACGUGCCUGCUGCAUACCGUGGUGUUGGGGACGAUCAGCUCGGGGAGGAGUCAGAAGAAAGGGAUGAUCAUUUAUUACCAAUGUGAUUGUACUUUAAAUGUCCGUCCUCUUCAGUCCCCCAAACCAAAGCGUACCCAGCCAGAUUUCUCAAGUGUCUCUACUCGUCUCAUCAAACCCUCGAUAAUCGCUCUUGCUUUUCACUUUGCUUUUUGUCUUCUCACUGGAACUCCCUUCUUUUGCUGCCUGUUUUGUUUUUUAAGAGGUACAGUUGUUGCAGAGAUAAUGGGGCCAGUGACAACAGAGGCUGCGGGACUAUCGCUUUCAGAAGGUACAAAUAGCAUAGUGAUAGUGGGCAAAAGGGGUGUGGCAGGCCCCCUGGCCCUUUUUUUUUUUUUUUUCACAAGUUUUUGAGACACUGGAUUUCUUUUUUUAAAAAAAAAAAAAAAUACAAGUUUUAGUUGUUUUCAAGCUGUUACUCUACCAUAGGCUCCGUGAGGAUCUGGGUGGAAUUUCUUGCUGCUUGGAACUAGUCUGCAGUGAUUACUUGGUUGCGAUCCAAGCUGUAAAGCACUGCUAUUACGUCUGAACCUGGAGAGGUCCUAGCCUCACUUCUCCCACCUGUGAUUAGGACGGGAGAGGGGAGAGAGGGGGGAAAGGAGAAAUGUUAUCAAUGACAGGAUUAUGAGGUAUCAUUCCUUGGCAUUGGGGUGACUUUUUAUAGCUUCAACUGGUUCCCAGAUUGUGGUCUCGUCAGUUUAUGUAUAGCCAAAAUGCCUACUACAGAAACCCAGUCAGUUGGAAAGGGAAAUGAAACUGAUCUCCUAUGCUACAGGUGUUCCAGAAAAGGGAAGUCAGUUUGCCUUGUAGUGGGAUCUCCUUGGUUUUCUCUGCCCGUUUGUAGUAAAAACUGGCAAAGCUUUUAUUCCUAAGGGGUUUCCCUCUACCAGUAUUUCUGAACAUGUUGCACUUUCUUUCCAGGCAUGUCCUUUUUUUUUUUUUCCAAUUCUCUGGAAAGGGAAUGAAGUAGAAGUGAGACAUCUAGGACUCUGCUGUCCUCUGCUCUGGGUGUGGGCCGCUGCCACACCUGUCCUUUCCGCCGGCUCAGGGAGGUGUCUUCUUGCCCGCAACAUUUCUGUGGUACAGGGUUUUUUCAUCUUCUAAUGCUUCCACUUUUGUUUUGGCCAUGUGCUUGGAAAUGUGGGCUGAUCUUUCUGUAACAGUGAACGCCUGGGCCACUGAAGAGUACGGUGACUCCAGUGGACAAAAAACGAGGGCUGAGUAGGUGAGGGGCCUUUUGUAUAGGCUUGAGAAGAAAAAUGAAGUUAGUCAUCUUUAGAUUUUCCAUACUAUAGGAAUGAUUUUUUUUUUUCCUUUUUAAACAGGGAAAAUAAUGUUAUAAAAGCAACAUCUUUUUUAUUUUUUGUUUGCACCCCUUCCCCACACCCUGGUGUUUUAAAAUGCAAAAAAAAUACACUUUUUGUACGAAAACACUUAAAGAUUAAAACAAAACAAAAAGAC